CAGUAGAUCGUCAUGAUGUCCCUCAAAAUUGUGGUUGUUAUUCUGUGUUUUGUAGCAUUGCAGUUAGGCUCUGCAACAGUAUUCAAAGAUUGUGGAACGAAUGCAGGUACCCUUGCAAGUGUAGAUGUUUCAGAUUGUCCUCAGAAUACAGUUCCAUGUCCGUUUAAGAAGGGAACAAAUGUUACAUUGGUUGUUAAACUGACACCAUCCGAAGCCUCAAAAGGAGCAACAUUAAAUCUUUACGGCAUAAUUGCUGGAAUAAAGACACCUUUUCAAACAAAAGUAGAUGCUUGUAAAAACGACAUUACUUGUCCUAUUAGUCAGGGACAAGCAACAACGUUCACAGCUAUAGUUUAUGUUCAACCAGCAUAUCCAAAGCUCCGCCUAGUGGUAGAUGUAGAAUUGACAUCAGAUGAUGGCAAAUUUCUUGUUUGUGUCCAAGUUCCUGCUGAAAUAACAGACUAGUUUAAUAUUUGAAUGCAUUGCCUGAUAACAUAUUAUGUUCUUACAUACAAUAUCACAUACUUAUUGUUCUAAACGAAAUAAAACUUUAAAAUUC